ACACAAACUAAACAUGAAUCAGUGUCAGUGGGCAAAAAAAGUCAACAUGUAAGGAAUCGAGAAAUUGUUCCUCGAAAAAUAAUCCAAAACAAUAAAACUUACAACCUUUCAUACCGGCAACACAUGCAUUUAUUUAUUGUUAUUGCAAUUUGAAGAUAUGGACCCGGUGCCUUCCUAUGAAGAGGCUUGUAAGGAUGGAGAGCAGCGCAUCCAACAUGUGACCCUAGCGUUGGUGGUACCGCCCCCCUCACCGGCCGACACUCAGCCUGGUACCCCAACUCACAAAGAUGAGGAGGAGCUGAGUAUGCCUAAUGAGGACCCACCACCUUACGAGGAGAAUGACGACGUUAAGAAGCCCCUGACUUCCUCCUCUGAGCAGAGCUGGACACAGCCCACGCUGGAGGAAAAACUGGUCCAGGCCGGGCUACUCAGUGAAGACGAUCUCAAGGAGGAUUCUGGCUCCAUGCUGGGUGGUGACUUGAUGUUUAUUGUUGCAUUUUUCAUUGCUUUCUUGUUCAAUUGGAUCGGCUUUCUCUUUGCCUACUGUCUGAGCGCUAGCGUGGCCGGACGGUACGGCGCUCUGUCUGGUUUUGGCGCAUCCAUGGUCAAGUGGACACUGAUAGCUAUGUAUUCAGACUGUUGCAGCAUGUAUCUGAAGGAAGCCACAUGCCUGCUUAUUGCCCUUACGCUCAGUGGUGUGUUAGUGUUCGGCCGCGGCAUCUACAUGUACCUGAAAAUCAAGCGUCAAAUGCAGGGCGGGAAGCGUAUACAGUACGUGUACUGGCAGAACAUGUAAGGAACCUAGGAGAAGACCCAUGCACGUAGGUGACAAGUCUGCAUCGGAUUUGCAUGACACUUAUUAUAUUAUUUAAAAAUAUAAUCAAACAAUUGUUCAGUUACGUUGGUCAGAUUGGUUGCAAGUUGUUGUUUUUAUCCCUUGUUCUUAUAUUUGUCCAGUCUUGGUCCCAGACUUCAGGAGUAGAGGUCGCUAACACCAAGAUGAAUCAAAUCUAAUCUUCAGAGAUUUGGCAAUGCUACCUGGGAGAUUCUGAGCAUAUCUCAUGCGCGCUGUACUCGAGACAAUGAAUGCAUAUGAGGGAUGCUCGGGGGUGCAGACCUGUAAAUAGGCCAAGAAUUGCCUAUGUGGGCCAAAUCACAAUUUGUAUGCCCUCAAUUUCUUUCCUAUUAGAGCAUUUUGUGGACCAUGAACUUGAAUGUUUGUAACAAAAAGAUGGGUGGAAGCCAUGCAUCGGAAUGGGAGUUAGUAUUUCUGUGAAAUUAGGAUGAAAAUGGGCCCGAAAAUUGCUCCAUUUUGCAAAGGAGCACAGGCAUCCUUUUUCCAAUGGCGAUGGGCCACAGGACUACUUUUAGGGGUGAACAUCUUUGCAUGGAAUUUUCUCCCCCAAAUCAUCGGAUUACCACCCAAAAAAAUUGAACAGAAAAUGAAAGAUGAUGAAAUAAGCUUUAAUUUGAUGGGUGCCUCAAACACCUUAGAGAGUUGUCAGUAUUUGAAAUGAUUGUUGGAAGCACGCGUAAUUACCACUGAGGUCUAUGGGAGUCGAUUUACAGGUCUGGAACCUCAGGCUAGCACUGCCAAUAUUCCCAGGGCUGAUUCAUCUUGUCGACAGCGACCUCUUACAGCCGGGUUGGCAUUUACUGCGCUUGUCAAGGGCCGCUGUAAUAAAACUCAAUUCAAGUCCUGGACCGAGGCUAAUAUUUGUCCUACUAAUUGAAGACCAGGUGCACACAAGAAGGUGCGAAGUGAUAACACAGACUGCAAUCCCAUUGUGUGGAGUGUGGUUAUCUUGGACAAAUUUACUCAUUUGAUAACGGUUUGGUGACCAACCUGAUUUUUUGUGCACUCACCCCGAGUGGACCACUGUGAUUAGUUUCAUAUAUAGUAUACAAGUUUGUGUUGCACUCUUAAUGUUUUAGUGGAUUGAAAUGAGGACUACCACAAAUUAAAAUUAUGAAUACUCAAGAAUUUUUUGUAUUUCUGUAUUGAAAACAAAAUCAGUGGAAAGAGUAUUGAGUAGUCUGUUGCAUUUGUAAGUUAAAUGUGUAAGGAAUGAAUUUCAGUCUGUGAUGGCAAGUUGCGUAGUUUUUAACAGAGUGAAAAGGGAAUUUUAUAAAGUCGCAAUUGAAUCAGGCACUCUUUUGUUUUAAGUAGAUGGAUGGUGGGGAUGUUGUUACACAGCGUGAGAAGGCAUUCUCUAUAUUUAGACGGCAUGACAAUUGUAGAUUGAUAUGGUGGAGUAUAAUUUAAGCAGCUAAACCUGUGGUGCAUGUAUAUAAUGUUCACAGCGGCUUACUGAUCUUGGUGGGUGAAGGCGAAAUAUUUUAUUUCACAAUAUAUAUCUUCUACUUGCUUUGGAGCAGGGGUUUUUUUUGGGGGGGGGUGUUUUCUUUUUAGCAUCAAUGUCAGGUUCUGGAUGCUGCUGGCAACUUUUUUCUAUGGCAAUGCUGAGAAAUUUCAUUUGAGUAAUUUGUUUUUAAAAAAGUAUUGCGAUUAAUCAUUUAAUUAAAUUAUAUACUGUACUGCAAUUUUUUGAUGUGAUAUUUGGGGGUUGCGAACUAAGGUAGGUUGUGAUCUUUCAUACAAAAACAACUCUUGCAUCCUGGGACGAGGGCAGUUACAUGUAACAAUAGGUUUUAAACAAAAUGUUUCGCAGGUGUUUUUCAUUUUGCCUGACUGGGACUGUCUGAAAUAUUGAUUUAGUGUCGACAAUUAAUAUCCAUGACUGAGUAUUGGCCAUUUAAUAACUGGCAAAGAACAACGGUAGCUUUCUAAGAAUAGCACAAACCAUCCAGUUGUGGUAGACACACACACACCUUCUAUUUCUGGACACGGAGACUACUUCUAAGGUGAGGUCCGGACCCGGUAUUUGAAUUCAAAACACUAGGGAACACAUCUGUCUCCGGGAUGUAUUUAUUUGUCUGGAACAUUUUCUUUGGGUCGUUUUGUCUCUCAAAUUAAACUGUCUGGGCUGAACUUGACCCAAGGUCUCUUGUUUUGACUGCUAUUAUUUUUGAAGUGCCCUGCGGGUCCCCCUAGACUGCUAGAUAAUUAUUACCAGAGGAAUGUGGGUGAGCCGUAAACAAUGACUUGAGAAAUAACGAUGAUUAAAUUUAGAGAAGGAAGGGGGUGAUAUUGAAACGAAGAGGUGCGCCUACUACAUAAGAUAAAUAUUUUGAGUCUUUUUGAGGGUAAGAGCAGACUCAACAAUGUCGCUCCCUAUUUUAAUUUUUUUCCCCUCAAGAGUUUCAAUUUGGAAUUUGAAGGAGAAGAGAAGUUACAAUUGAUCGUUUGUUAUCGCUGGCACUGCGAAACGGUUUUGUUGACAGAUGUAACAUUUCUGGGUGCAUUAAGGUUAGUGUCGAAAAGAUCUGAAAACAAGGUGAUUUGGAAUUGGGCAACUGAGAAAGAUCGUUUUAAUGAAAAACACACUUGAAUGAGUAAAGUGAAAAAUGCUAGUCUCAAUUACUGUUGUUAUUUAUAUUUUUAAGGUUUAAUAUUGACAGGUUCAAGUGGGUGGAUAUGGUGUAUUGGUUCUCUUUUGAAGAUUGCUUUAUCGUGUACAUACAUUAAAUAUAUUUACUCAUCAUGUACUUUAUCAUGUAAUUCAACAAAUAAGUAGUAGCAUAUGGGCCAUUCUAUGAGUUUCGGAUCUAAAGAUUUUUUUUUUCCUGUCCCUUGUUAACUUUUUACUUUGUAAUUUUCCAUUCAAGUAUCAUUAAGAAUGACUUCAAACAAUUAAUUUAUAUGCUGGGUAGGUAGUUUGCUAUUCAUAAUCACUCUUCGGGGACGCCUGCUUCAAGGAGAGCGUCAGAGAUAUAAAAUCAUUGAUGUCAGAUGUAACAGCGACCCCAAAUUAAUGACCCAUAUACAUACGUACUGCGGUCAACUCUGCUGGAUUGGUAUUUAUUAUACAGAAAUUGUGUAUUUGUAAGAGAAAUGCUUUUUAAUCAUUUUUUUUAACUGACAAACGAAAAACUAAAAAGCUCUUUUAUUUUCAACUCAAACUGUUGUGUAGGUAGUGGGGUGUGCCAUUUUUUCUCACUGAAUGAAUGUAUUUACACGUAAAUUAUGAUUAAUGUAUUUUGGUGAUGAGGCUUAUGGAGCCGUGUCCAUUUAUGUGGUGCAUCUCAAAGCGAAGGGUGUUUAAAAAAUGUAGGAUUAUUUAAUAUCCAAGAAGGCAGAAAAAGAAAACUAAUCUUUGUUGAAGAUGAAGCUUUGUUAACUGUAAACAGUUCACAAUUUAAUAAAGAUCUAUCUAAUGUAAUUUUAUGGCA